AUGGCCUCUCACCAGUCCUUGACGGACAAGCUACCCAGCGACUUCCUCUGGGGCUUUGCUACGGCGAGUUUUCAGAUCGAGGGCUCCACCGACGUCGAUGGCCGUGGCAAGUCAAUAUGGGAUGACUUCUCCAAGCUCCCCGGUAAAACUCUGGAUGGUAGGGACGGUGACGUCGCUACCGACUCAUACAACCGGUGGAAGGAGGACCUUGACCUCCUCACCCAGUAUGGCGUGAAAUCGUACCGCUUCUCCAUCGCCUGGUCCCGUAUCAUUCCUCUCGGAGGCCGAAACGACCCCGUCAACGAGGCAGGCAUACAAUUCUACUCAAAUUUGAUCGACGCGCUCCUCGAACGUGGAAUUGUUCCGUUCGUUACUCUCUACCAUUGGGACCUGCCCCAGGCACUGUACGAACGUUACGGCGGAUGGCUCAGCAGAGAGAUCAUCGACGAUUAUGUCAACUACGCUAAGAUCUGUUUCGAACGAUUCGGUGAUCGCGUGAAAUACUGGUUGACGCACAACGAGCCUUGGUGCAUCUCCAUCCUCGGUCACGGGCGAGGCGUGUUUGCACCUGGACGGUCAAGUGAUCGGACGCGUUCACCAGAGGGCGAUUCUUCGACGGAACCGUGGAUUGUCGGGCAUAACCUGAUUCUCGCGCAUGCCUACGCGUGCAAGCUAUACCGCGAGGAGUUCAAGGCCAAGCAGGGCGGAACCAUCGGUAUCACUCUCAACGGUGAUAUGGCGCUCCCGUAUGAUGACAGCCCGGAGAACAUCACCGCGGCGCAGCAUGCACUCGAUGUCGCCAUCGGCUGGUUCGCCGACCCGAUUUACCUCGGUGAUUAUCCGGAAUUUCUGAAGGAAAUGCUUGGCGACCGCCUGCCGCGCUUUACGCCGGAGGAACUCGCCGUCGUGACCGGCUCGUCAGAGUUCUACGGCAUGAACACGUAUACGACUAAUCUCUGCAAGGCGGGCGGAGAUGACGAGUUCCAGGGUAAAGUCGAGUACACCUUCACUCGACCUGAUGGCACGCAGCUUGGGACGCAAGCACACUGCGCGUGGCUGCAAGACUACCCGGAAGGCUUCCGCCAGCUCCUCAAUUACCUUUACAAGCGGUACUCUAAACCGAUAUACGUCACCGAGAACGGCUUUGCGGUCAAGGACGAGCAUAACAUGCCGGUCGAGCAGGCGCUAGCCGAUCACGAUCGCGUGCAGUAUUUCAAGGGCAACACUGCUGUCAUUCUCGCCGCGGUGAAGGAAGAUGGCGUCGACAUCCGGUCAUACUUUGCAUGGAGUCUCCUCGAUAAUUUCGAGUGGGCUGAUGGAUACAUCACCCGAUUCGGUUUGACGUACGUCGACUACGAGACGCAGAAACGGUACCCCAAGGACUCGGCCAAGUUCUACGUUCAGUGGUUUAAGGAGCAUACCGAGGUCGAGGAAGCGCCGCAGCCCGCGGAGGUGCCUCAGCAGCCUCAGUCUGUGGACCUGUCACCUGCGGAUGGGGAAGCGAAGCAGGACAGCUCAUCUUCGUCGCCGACCGUGGAGGCGGCCGAGCCCACUACCACGGUCAAGCGGGUGGCGAACGGUGACGCCGCUGCGUCAAAGGUAUGUGCAUGCACUCCUACUAUUUUGACUGUUUUCACUCAUUUGUACCGCCAUCCUUGA